GAUGGCGAUAGCAGGACUGACAGCCUUUUUCAUCCUACUCUCAACAUACUGCUACAUCACAACGCUUGCUGUGAUUCUCAGAACUACAAACAAGGCUCCGUGGGCCAAUGAGUUUGACACGAUCGAGUUGUCCUGCUUGAUAGAAUCCAUCUCCACAAGCAAUCCCAGAAUCGAGUGGAAAAAGAUCAAAGAUGGCGAACCCAGUUACGUUUAUUUUGAGAAAAAGAUUGCAGGGGAUCUGAUUGAAAGGGCAGUGAUAGUCGAACCCGCGACCCUGGUCAUAACGAACGUGACCCGGGCAGACACUGCCCAGUAUCGCUGCGAGGUCACGGCUGCCGAAGACCCCAAGUCCUUCGACGAAAUUUUAAUCAGCCUGGUGGUUAGAGUAAAGCCAGUGGUGCCCAGGUGUAGUGUGCCAGUGUCGGUGCCCGUGGGCAAACCGGCGGAGCUGAGCUGUGCGGAGGAGGAGGGGUUCCCCCAACCGCAGUACCGCUGGUACCGCAACGACGAGGAGAUCCCAGAGGACCCCAGGAGCAGCCCCAAAUUCGUCAACUCCACCUACACCCUGGACAUAACCACCGGGACACUGAGGUUCAGUGCCGUGCGGAAGGAGGAUGUGGGGGAGUACUACUGUCGAGCCAAGAACGAUGCGGGAUUCUCCGACUGCAGCCCACAGAUUAUGGAAGUCUAUGACAUCGAUAUCAUCGGGAUCAUCGUGGGCGUGGUGGUGGUGGUUGUGGUUCUCCUGUGCAUAACCAUAGGGAUCUGUUGUGCGUAUAGAAAAGGACGUCUCCCCAGCAAGAAGGAGACUGGCAGCAAUUUCAAGCCCCCUGCCAGAGGAGACGGGGUGGACUACGUCCGAACAGACGAUGAGGGAGAUUUCCGACACAAGUCGUCAUUCGUGAUCUGAGAAGAUGACUGAUGGAAGACGCUGGGUACCAUGAAGCCAGGGGCUCGGCACCUCCUUUGAUUGAACUUCUAAAGUUUGAGACAAUUGAGCCGCUAGAGGGCGCUGUUCGCACCGACACGCAUCGGCAACGGAACUACUUUGUCUGCCAAAGGUGGCAAGUGUCAUCACAGAUAGAUUAUGAAGAAAAAGAAAAAAACAAUCAUGUUUUCAAAUCUGUGUAAGGCACUUGCUGUUCCAUCUCCCAUUAAGUCCCCAUUAAGUCUGCUGGAUGAAUCUGGUUAACAGUGAGACCAUAUUUUGUCUGAGGUUGUCUGUCUGUCUGGCUCUCCUUUAAGUCUGAUGUUCAGCAUAUUACUAUGACUUCUGUCCUAGCCCCCCUGCUUCUAACAUAUUGUUGUCAUUUAUAUAACAUGCAAUUUUUG